AUGUUCAUAACAGACGCUGAUCAAGUGCAGAAAAUAAUGUCUUCUUAUAAUUUCAUUACCAAAGAUCCAGAUCUGUAUAAAUUUUUAGAACCUUUUGAUGGUAAAGGACUAAUAACCUCGUCAGGUUCAAAAUGGAGGAACGAUCGUCGUUUAAUUUCACCCACUUUUAGCAAGAAAAAUAUUUUACAGUAUUUUAAUCCAGUUUUACAAGAAACAAAGAUUUUGAUAAACAUUCUCUCAGAACAUGUGGAUAAACCCACGUUUAAUAUUGAACCAUUCGUUCAUCGAUGUGCCGCAGAUUUUGUAAAUAAAACGUUUUUGGGUGUCAAUACAAAAGCACAAUUUGGAGAAAUGGACUAUUUUUUAAAACUUCUACACAGAAUGUAUACAGUCGUUCAUGCUAGGAUUGUAAAAAUAUGGUUACAAAAUGAUUUUCUGUUUCAAUUAAGUCCGUACUGGAAAGAACAUGAAGAAGGAAAAAAAGUUAUUUUAGGAUUUAUGGAAAAAGUAAUUGAAACCAACAAUCAAGAUCAUCAGACAAAACCUUUUCAACCAAUUAUUCAACAGUUAAUGAAUAUGAAAAAUGAAGAGACAGGAUUUUGUACUCAUCAAGAUUUGAAAGACCAUCUUGUCACUUUAUAUACUGCAUCAGAAGAUACAGUAACAUUAAUAGUAUCGUUUACACUAGUCCUACUCGGAAUGCAUCCUCAUAUUCAAGAAACAGUAUCAAAAGAAAUAUAUGAUAUUAUAGGCGACAAACAUGAUAUUCAUGAAAGUAACAUCGACAAGUUAGAAUAUCUAGAUAUGGUUAUUAAAGAUGUAUUGAGAUUGUUUCCGAUAGCUAGUUUUCUUGUUAGAAAGUCAGAAAAGGAAGUUACAAUGUUUGAUUAUUUAAUUCCAGAAAGAUGUUCUAUAAUUAUAUCUAUUUACAAUAUCCAUAGAGAUAAACGUUACUGGGAAAAACCAUUGGAAUUUUAUCCAGAACAUUUUUUACCUGAGGCUGUACGUAAGCGACAUCCCUAUGCUUUUAUUCCUUUCAGUGCAGGACCAAGAGGAUGCAUUGGAAAACCUUAUGCGUAUAUGGCACUGAAAAUUGUACUAGUUACGAUUCUCAAAAACUUUAUAAUAGAAUCUGACGGUACAUUAGAAGAUUUAAAAUUAAAAACUGAUAUAAGUAUAAGACCAAAAAACGAAUGUUUUCCCAUUAGACUAAAACAUCGAAAUUCGAUUGCAAAAUAAA